GUAGAAACAAUAACAAAAAGUGAAAAUUACUGUUGUGAGCUUCCAUACUUUUUUUUUUUUGUUUGGAGAUGGCGACGACGGGAGGAAGGGGACGAACCAGUAGAGAAGGGACGGCGAAAGCAACAGUGGCUGAUCAGAUUUCACAGUCAAUCCAAUCCACCUCCAAUCUUCUCCAACUUAUGCAGAAUUCUUCUCCUUCUCAGGCUCACCUGGCAAAGCUUCCCAAAAACCUUUUGGCAAAGACUGAUACCAUAAAAAAUACAGGACAAGUGUUGCAGCAGCUUCCACUAGUGAUUUCCUCACUUGAUGCAUAUAUGGAAAAUGGUUUGCAGAGCAUUCCUCAUUUAAAUACUGUAACUCAGCUGCUCACAAAUAUGGAAAGCUCCCAACUCAUGUCUUCCUCUCAACCCUCUGAACAGUCUCAAGAGGGGGCAGCAAACCAAUCGUCAGGGGAGCCUUAAACUGCCUGGCUAGAGUGGUAAGAGGAGUUAAUCAGUGGAGGGGUAUUCUGCAGAGACGAGAAAACCUCUUCAGCAAGGUUUUCCAGCCACUCCGAAGUGUCCUUUUAACAUUGAAGUGAUAUAUGUAGUAUAUCACACUCCAUUUUGAGGUACAUGGUUCUAAUUUUUCUAUAGAGGUAGGGUGGUGUGAGAGUGAAGGGUAAAGAUGAAGAAAAUGAGAAUUGGAGCCGUACACGUUGCCUGCAUUUGUAUACUGUAGAAAGGCAUAGCAUUUGUGUUAAUCCAGCUUACUAUUCAAAAUUGUGUUGCAUUUUACUGACUGGCAAUCAAUUUUGAUCAUCUCUAAAAUGAAUUAGAAUUUUCUAUAUUCAAGAGGCUUAGUUUUUGUCCUGAAACAAGAGAGUUCUGGACAAAAUUAUA